AUGUCGGAUUCACGGACAGAUCUAGCGCCAAGCGCGUCAUCCCAGCUGCCUCAAGGACAGCCAGCAGCACCACGAAAACCAUUCUCACCCAGCUUGACGGGUUCAAACGAACACCAUAUUGAUCUCAGCGCCUAUCCUAUGGAAGCUCAAAGCAGCAGUCAGCUUGGCAGCCACGCCAAUGUAUACUCAGAGGAUACCUCCGAAGACUACCAAAGAAAGCGCCCUCUUCAGCAACUUGACGUAUCUCGCUACCUCAACAAUAACAGCGUAACCGCCAACCUCCCCUGGGUAGACAGACCCAUCGAGAACCCCGGCCUGGCCUACGCCGAUCGCAACGCAUACAGACACCGCGACGCCCUCAGCCGGAUAUGGACUGGCCCAGAAGAUGACCGAUACCUGAGUGCUACGGAUGGGCGGCUUCGCAAGCUUAUCGUCCAAGCAACCGACGAGGUCCGACGCGGGCCCAAGAACGGAACCUGGUCGCGGAGGGGCAUUCGAAGCGUCACUCCAAUCCAUAUGCGCGUUGUGUAUUGGGUCAUGAAGGAUAUAAUAGAAGGAAAGGAGGAUAGCGUGUCCCUGGAGCUCUGUCUGAAAUGGUUUCCAGCCUGCCUUGCGCUCCUGGCUUUGUUGUUUGUGCCUGCAGAUCUUGGUGGUGAGGUACGGAAUAAUGGGCGAUAUGAGCAGUUCAAGUAUCAUUUUUGGGGUUACCCAUAUAUUCCUAGCAACCCCCGCGAGGCGGCUCAAGGGUCAUCGGCGCUUUCGUUGAAAGCAGCUGAGGAGAUCAAUGGCAUUGCUGAGAGGCCAUUGCGACCGAGAUACUUGUGUUUCCUGUCUGAAGACGGAGUACAAAUAAGAAGCGUCGCCGACUGGGAAGAAGAGCAUGGCCGCGAUGCUAUCCUGCAAUACCUCUUCAUCUCCUACACCUCUGCGCAAUUUCAGGGCCCAGCGGACUGGGACGAGCUUCAUGUUAUUGCUGCAGCCGCAGCACAAACGGCGGGAGUAUCAGCGUACUGGAUCUCAUGCAGUUGCAUGCCAGAACCUGAGCAGGUCUCCGAAGACGUUUACAGAAUCAGCGAUAUCGUCCGUGGAGCACAUUCCCUAGCCAUCAUUCUAGGACCCCCGGCGACAGACCCUUCCUCGAAUCCAGAUAUGAAGACCAUGCUGCAACACUGGGGAGAGCGCAUGUGGACGUUCCCAGAAGUCCUACUCAGUCCAACAGACAGGCCCAUCGCCAUCUACACUCGCGGUGGCGAUAUCUGGAACCCUCAUUUCCUGCCCAAGCGCAAUUUCCCAGCAGAAGCAUGGAUCGAUGCCCCAGACUCCAGACAACUCGUCGACCACUACGAGGGUUCUGUUGUUCUCAGUCCAUUGGAGCUGGUCACGCUUGCCUUGCAGUGCCUGAGCACUCGCGCAAACAACACAACGGCCUACCUCAAGGGUGAUCUGACAUACGUCCUCAUGGGCCUCCUCCGGCGACGACCAAGAGUCAACUCCGAGAACACUGCCUUCCAGGAGUUUUGCCGCCUCUCCCUAGCAAACGAUAGCAACCGGCUCCUCGAGCGCCUUAUUUGCCUCCUUCCUCGGAACAGAGACCAACCCUGGCACCACAUUGACGACGCCUGGGCACGGAGUCUCUGGGAUAUUACACCUUUAUGCCAGGUCGACGGCGUCGGCGAGAACGACACUGUCAUUCUAGGCGGUGGAUUCGCGGCGCCAAUCCGCUGGAAGUCAUUCACGCCUGUCAAUCUCAUGCUCCGAAACACGCUGAAGCGAAUGAUUGCGCAGAUUGCCAUCCGCGGUGUGCCCGCGUUCCUCGUAGCAGGUGCUUUCUUUCUUGGAGUGAGCAAAUCCGAGGGCGGAAUGCUUGUGCCCUUUACUGUACUUGGCUGGCUGCUUAUGAUACCGGCGAUUGCUGCCGUCUUGUGCUCGCCGUACCUCCUGGGGGCUCUAUAUACGGGGAAGCCGUGGCGCGCGCAACCGUGGUUGUUUGGGUUCGAGGGCUACAUGGAUAAAGCUGAGAUCGAGACAAUGAUCUUCGGAACGAAUCUGAAUAGGUUCAAGUGGAGCCCGUAUUCGAGUGAGCUGUCGAGACAUGAGAGUGUACAGGCCGAGUGUAUUGGUAUUGAUCCGACACUUGAUCCUGUGGUGCGAGAGACCAUCGCCAGAUCCCAGGGGCUUGGAUACGGCGCUGAGAAGGUGUUUACGCUUGUUGAUACGAAUCUUAUGACCGUUACGCUGUUUACUGCUGUGCGGCCGCCUGUUGCGCUUGUCCUGUGUGGGAGCGAGGGCGGCAUGCAGCGGGGACUGCUGUGUUCGUAUGACUGGAAGAGCCAGACGCUGUAUAAGGAGAGUGUGCUGCGAGUUGAUACGAUGGUGUUGGAGAAGAUGUCGAGAGUCGAUCGAUUUCGAUUAGGGCUGAGGAGGCCACUGGCACAGACGGUCCCUGUCCCUUACACUGACACACCCGCGGUUUAA